AUGGAAUCCGAUCCGACACUUCUCGAGGUUAUUGUCAUCAACGGCGAAGAAACGCCGUUACACGUUGCCUCCAUGUACGGACACUUGAGUUUCGUCAGAGAAAUCCUCAAUAUAAGAGAGAGUCUCGGGACAGAACUUAACAAAGACGGAUUCACACCUCUGCAUAUAGCAGCAUCCAUGGGACACGUUGGAGUCGUGAGAGAGCUUUUGGAGAAGCUAAGUGGUGAGAUCUGUAUGAUCAAAGGUAAAGAGAGGGGAAUACCUCUUCAUUACGCUGCUAUGAGGGGAAGGGUUUGUGUUCUUGAUGAGUUAGUGUCUGCAAAUCCGGAGUCCCGUGAAGCAAUCACCGCUCGUGGAGAGACAGUGGUUCAUCUUGCGGUUAGGUUCUGCCAGUUCGAUGGACUCGUUGUUUUGUUGGAACGUCUUAAGGAAUUUGAUAAGCUUUGUGUGUUGAAUAAGCAAGACAAUGGAGGGAACACGGUUUUGCACUUAGCUGUUCAAAAACGACUGUACGAGUUUAGUUUAUACGGAUUGUACACUGAUAUGAAACUGCAGGUGAUUGACUUGUUGCUUGGCUCUAGAGGAUCUAAUUACACAAUCCCCCGAGAUUUCAUUGAAGUGAACCCUUUAAACUCCAAUGGCUUGACACCUCUUGAUAUGUUACUUCACUUUGGAGGUGAACCAGAAGAUGCAGAGAUUUAUCAGAUCCUCCAUGAAGCAGGAGCUGUAAGAUCAAGAGAUAUUGACACAAGAAAAGAAACAACAACAACAGAGAAUAAUGAAACAACACAGUCAGAAGAAUCUCUGAUGACGCACAAGCAAUGGCUAGAUUACUUCAAGUACAAGAAAAAUAAAGUCUCGGCUAACGAAGUUCGCAAUGUGUUACUGGUUAUCGCGAUUCUGAUAGCCACAACGACUUAUCAAGCCGUGCUAAGUCCACCUGGAGGUGUCUGGCAAGAAGAUUACUGCAUCAAUGGAUACUGUCAAGUAACUGAUCUAAAAGGAAACAACUAUAAUGGGAUCAAAGAGCUGGAUCUCUUACGGCAUUUUCAUCUUCUUAAACUCGAUAGGGUUUUUCACUUCGAUGGAGCUAAUCUCUUUACUCACAAAAGGUCUCCCUUUCUACCUUGA